AUGGUAAAAACAGUUGUCAUCCUUGGUGCUGGCUGGGCCGGGCUGCCACUCGCCCACAAACUGCUCAAGUACACCCUUCCCAAAGCCAAAGACGGCCUGAAAGUGGUCCUCGUCUCGCCCAAUUCGCACUUCUACUGGAACCUUGCCGCCGUCCGCGGCGUCAUCCCUGGCGCCAUUCCCGACGAGCAGCUGUUCCUCCCCAUCGAGCCAGGCUUUGCCCAACACUCGGCCGAGAACUUCGAGUUCGUCCUGGGCAAAGCCGAACGCCUUGAUCCGGAGAGGAACACGGUUGAAGUGGCCGGAAAAGACAGAACCCAACAUUCUCUCUCCUACGACCAACUUAUCAUCGCUACCGGCUCCCAGAUCCGCAGCAACCUGCCGUUCAAAUCCGUUGGCACACACGAAGAGACUCUCGCAGCUCUGCACUCGCUUCAGAGGCAGAUUGACUUCGCAAAAUCCAUCGUGCUUGCCGGCGCCGGACCGACUGGCGUAGAAACAGCCGGCGAGCUGGCCGCCGCUUACGGCGAGGAGAAGGACAUCACGCUCAUCAUGAGUGGGGAGCACGCUCUGCAGGCGACCCGUAUUCUGCCGAGCGUCAGCCAAAUUGUAGAGAGAGACCUGCAGAAGCUGGGUGUGAAGUUGGUGCGCAAAACACAGGUGGAGGGUGUGCGGACAAACGCGAAGGGAGAAGAGGAUGCGGCCGUGCAGACAACCCUCACACUUUCGAAUGGCACUACCCUCGUCGCCGACUUGUACCUCCCACUAUUUGGCGUACAGGUGAACACAGGUUUCGUUCCCGAGAGCCUACUUGACUCGGCAGGGAAUCUUGUUCUGGACAAGACGAUGCGUGUAGUGGGGACGAAGAACGUAUGGGGAAUCGGGGACGUGGGAAACCUUGAGGUGAAACAACUUACCGUGACGGAUGCGCAGAUCAUCUACCUGUCGGCCGCUCUGGAUUCUGUUUUGACUGGGGAGGGUGGACAGGUCAAGGAGUAUAAGCCGUCGGGAAAGACGAUGAUAUUCAUCACUAUGGGCAAGAAGUACGCCAUAGGGCAGAUGGGUGGAUGGAAACUCUGGGGCUGGGUGGUAUCCUAUGUUAAAGGCAGGACGCUCUUUGUUGACACCGCCCAGGGGUAUGUGGGUGGGAAACAGUUGAGGCAUGCGUCGAUGUAG